AUUGUGAUAAGAGAAACAAUUUAAUGGUUGUGGGAGAGAAUUAUACAGUAGCUAUAGCUAAUCGAUUGUGAUCCACUCGCUAUGUACGUGAGCGAAGGGAGGGUCCCAGGGAAAACCCCUAAACAGUUACCAUAACUGACAUUACAGUGUCAUGUAGACAGACACAAAGCUCACAAUAAAGCAAGCAUGGCUACAACCUAUUGAGAGGUUGGCAAUUGAUGGACUACUGGUGGAUAUUGGUGACACACUGCCAGAAGCUAAGUUCACAGAGCUAAUCAGCCUCUAUGAUGAUGUGCCUGAUGGCAUUACAGAUCACUUUAGAGUACUCAAGUACCUCAAAGAUAAUGGCAAAUUAGAAUUAGAGAAACUAGCUAAAAAUCUGGAAGACAUUGGAUGUGAAGAUCAAAGUCAGAAAGUGAGAGAGGUUAUUGACUUUAAAGCUACCAAACGACAACAGGCGGACAGUGCAGCCUUGGUUGGACCUAGGGGAGUGGCUGGUGAGAUACAACCAGAGGAGGCCUCUCCAGGUGACAGAAAAAAAGUGUGUGAUCUCUAGGGGCUAAUGACCAAGAUGACCAAGUAGUGGAGGAGAUACCAUGCGAUGCAGAACCAUACAAUGAAGAUGACAAGAAAUACAUGCAAGAGGCAAUAGAUCUUUGUAAAGAAAGUAAAGACAAAAAUACGAAGGUUGGAAGUGUACUGGUUCACCCUCAAAAUGGGGUAAUAGGUAGAGGAUAUAACAGGAUGCCUAUCUGUAGGGGACACGAACUAGAUUUCCCAUGGACAUCACAGGAUGGAGAUAAAAGUUCACUAGACACAAAAUACCCUUAUGUGGUCAACUCAGCAAUAGCAGCCAUCAUUGAUGCUACUGAGGCAUGGACUAAAGAUGGUAUCAGCGGCAGUACUCUGUACACAACACUGUUCCCAGCCAAUCGUGAUGCUCAGAUGUUUGUGGAUUAUGGAAUAACAACAGUCGUGUUUAUCGAUGACAUUUUCAAACAUAUACUGCCCACAAAAGCAUCGAAGCGUAUUGUGGAGAAAGCAAGGAUUAAAAUAAGGAGACUGGAUAGAAGACAAUUUAAAAAUCCACCCAACUAUCGUCAAAUUGGCUAACACUUAAUCAAUCAGCUGUGUGUGUUAUUAUAAACAUUAUUUGAAUGUUUAAACUUAAAACAGCAGCUUAUAUACAAAUGAAUACAUACGUAAUAUGGGUAGGAAGGAAGCAUCAUUUACUGUCAAAACAAACAUGAA